CAUCUUUACAAAGAAUUUUGCAUCAGGAAUUAUACUCUCUUCCUUGUGGAUUACAGUAAACAGAAUGUUGUGUCAAAGCUUUCUGAAAAUGAAUUAUACAGCAAGACACAGAAGAAGACAAUGGGAGCAGAUAUAUAAGGUAUCUGGCUUUAUUUUAUUCUUUAUCAAUAAUAUUUAUGGCCAGCUACAAUAUUCAGUACCCGAAGAGAUGAAGCAAGGAUUUGUAAUUGGAAAUAUGGCAAAAGAUCUAGGAUUAAAUGUAAAGGAAUUAGCAAAUAGAAAAUUUCAACUUAUCUCACAGAUAGAAAAACAAUAUUUCAAUGUAAACUUGGAAAAUGGAGAUAUAUUGGUAUCUGACAGAAUUGAUAGAGAAAUAUUAUGUGGAAUAAAACCUACCUGCUUUAUAAACCUAGAGGCUGUCAUUGAAAAUCCUUUGAAUUUUUACACAAUCACUAUUGAAAUCCAGGAUGUGAAUGAUAAUGCACCGAUAUUUUCAAAAAAAUGUUUUGAUUUAGAAAUAAGUGAAGUUACUUUACCUGGUGCACACUUUGCUUUAGGAAAUGCACAAGAUCCAGAUUUAGGCACCAACUCUGUACAAAGUUAUACUUUAAGUGGUAAUGAAAACUUUGGCCUUGGAGAAAAAAUUGCAACGGAUGGAAUAAAAUAUCCAGAAAUUAUACUAGAAAAAUCAUUGGAUAGAGAGAAGCAAAGUUUCUAUGAGUUAAUAUUAGCAGCUUUGGAUGGAGGCAACCCUCAGAAAUCAAGCACUGCUAUAAUUAAGAUUGUUGUCCAAGAUUUUAAUGACAACCUACCUAAGUUUAACCAAGAUGUGUAUCACAUAAGAUUACAUGAAAAUGCAGCUGUUGGAUCACUUGUAAUUCAACUAAAUGCAACUGAUGAAGAUGAAGGCUCUAAUGCUCAAAUAACAUAUUCUCUUAGUCAUAUUCCUGAUAAUGCAUACCAAUUAUUUACUAUAGAUUCAUUAAAAGGAGAUAUUAAAAUGUUAGGAUAUUUAGACUAUGAAAAAGCAGAUACCUAUGAAAUGACCAUAGAGGCUAAAGAUGGUGGAGGUCAUGUGACACAUUGCAAGGUAUCCAUAUAUGUAAUAGAUGUCAAUGACAAUGCCCCAAAUAUUAGGAUGCAAUCUCUCUCAGACUCAAUCCCAGAAGACUCAUCACCAGGAACUGCCAUAGCAUUGCUAAAUGUCCGUGAUUUGGACUCUGGGAUUAAUGGUGAAGUUGCUUGUCAUAUCUCAGACCCUUUGGCUUUUCAGCUAAUUCCAUCCUCUAGUAGUUACUAUAAAUUAGUAACUGCAGCUAACAUGGACCGAGAAAGAAACCCUUCCUACAAUGUUACCAUACAGUGUAUGGAUAGGGGAUCUCCUCCACUAUCUACAAACAAAACCAUUUUACUCAAUAUCUCAGAUGUAAAUGACAAUGCUCCAGUCUUUGAGAAGAUGAACUACAUUCUAUAUAUUGGAGAAAAUAAUCAACCAGGUACAUCAAUACACAAUCUCCAAGCUUCAGAUUUUGAUUGUGAUGAAAAUGGGAAAAUUAGUUAUAGCAUUCUGAACAGUAAUGUAGAAGAUAUCCCUGUAUCAUCAUAUAUUUCAAUUAAUUCUAUAAGUGGAGUGAUUUAUGCCCAGAGAUCAUUUGACUAUGAACAGUUGCGAGAAUUUCAGUUCCAGGUGAUGGCUAAAGACAGUGGAUCUCCUUCUCUAAGCACUAAUGUCUCAGUGAGGAUAUGUAUCAUUGAUAAGAAUGAUAAUACUCCUAAGAUUCUCUACCCAUCACCAGAGACUGAGGGAUCAGCAUUAUUUGAGUUUAUUCCUGACUCUGCUGAGAAAGGUUAUCUGGUCACCAAAGUGAUUGCAGUGGACGCUGAUUCUGGACACAAUGCCUGGCUCUCCUAUCACUUACUACAAGUUCAAGAACCAUCAUUAUUCACUAUUGGCCAAUAUACCGGAGAAAUCAGGAUUGGACGAGAUCUUCCAGACUCAGAGUCUUUAAGACAAAAAAUUGUGGUUCUGGUGAAGGAUAAUGGAGUCCCAUCUCUGUCAUCUACAGUUUCAGUUAAUUUAGUUGUAGCUGAUAACUUUCAACAGGUUCUACCAGAGAUAAGAAGACAACCUAAUACAUCAAAUACUUCUUCCAAUGUAACUUUCUACUUGGUAGUUUCCAUAGGUCUUAUUUCAAUUUUAUUCGUUGUAACUGUGUUGAUUACGAUAGUCUUAAAGUGCAGAAAAUCUAAUUCUCCUACAACCUAUGGAGCUUAUAGUGGAAAUGUUUACCCUCAAUUCACCCUAGGAUGUCCUUCUGAGAUCAGUGAUGCAAGUUUACCUUUCCCAUUCUCAUAUGAUGUGUGCGUGACUUUGGACUCAAAGCAGAAUGAAAUUGCUUAUCUGAAACCAGUGCAAAAUGUCCCCACAGACAAUCUUAUAGACACUGAGGAUGCUACAGCUGUGAAUGGUUUUUGCAACAAUGAUUUGAAUCCUACUAUUAAUGCACAGGUAUGA